AUGUCGUCUAGAGAUAAAGGCCGUGGUCGCAUGCCAGUUGACAGGCGACGUGGCAGCAUGUCUUCUAGGUACCGCAGUAUAUCGCCACCGUUGCCACCGCCGCCGCGGAUGCAGCGCAAGCGUAAGCCGAUCAGCCCAAACUACAGUUCUUACUACCGUGACAGAUUCGGAAGUCACUCGCCGGAAGAAUACAAAAACCUGAGACUGACCAACAUCGAUCCGAAGGUGUCCAACGAGCGGUUGAGGGAAAUCCUGGACAAGUAUUUCUCGACGUUUGGCGAGAUGAACGUGAAGGUGGUUCGGCAUUUGGAGCCGGAUGACAGGCUGGCUUACGUGAACUUCGAAAAUCCACGUGCGGCUAAAGAGGCAAAACGACGCUGUUUGGCCAGUUUGUACCCGGUUUUAGGCCGGCACCUGAAGGUCGAUCCUGCCGGAGUGAUCCGGGAUCAGGACGGGCGCUUUGUGAUGAGGUCGACGUCGCGACGUUCUUCUAGUCCCUUUCAGCUUUCCGACUCCGGACGUUACAGCCGAAAUCAGAAUGAUCGUGUUGACAACGGAUACGGGCGAUACAAGUUGCAGGACUAUGACAACUUUGGACCACCAUCUCGGCACGAAUCCAGUGAGUACGAAUAUGCAAACUACCCGCCGAAACGACGCCGCUAUUCUAGCGAGUGCAGUGCCGACAGCAACUCACUAGAAGAGGCCAAUUCGACGAGAACCCUUUUCGUCGGAAACCUGGAAUACGACAUGACGUUGACUGAGUUGAAGCGCUCGUUUAGCAAAUUUGGUGUCAUCGAACAGGUGGACAUCAAGACACCAAACGAAGGUCCGGCGUACGCGUUUGUCCGCUAUCAGAACCUGGCGAUGGCCAGGGAAGCGAAGCGGUCGAUGAACGGCCACUACGUUCGCAACCUUCGCUGCAAGGUCGGCUACGGCAAGCCGUUGCAAAGUCGACGUCUUUGGGUCGGUGGACUCGGGCCCAACACGUCCCUGGCCUGGCUCGAGAAAGAGUUCGACCGUUUUGGCGCUAUCGAGAAGAUAGAUUUUAUUCGAGGUGACAAUCACGCUUACGUGCUAUUCGCCAGCACCGAGGCAGCCAUCGAGGGCUGGAAGAAAAUGAAAGGAACCCGCAUAAAGGACGGCUCAGAGUUUCGCUUGCUUCAGGUACAUUACAUGUGA